GAAAAAAACCUCAUCGCCGUCCUCCACUGCAUCGCAGAGGAAAAGAAACCCCAUCUGCGAAUCAAAUCGGAAGGAUUAGGCCUGCCCACCACUACUCAUCACGGCCCUCGUAUCAGGCAUGAAUCGAGUGUAGUGAAUUGUACUAGCUCGAGUGAGGCUCGAGGAAAUGGAUUUUCUUGAUUCUAUUUUUGCAUUAGAGGGAUGUAUCUCUCUGCCUAUAGCUGUGAAGAAAGAAAUAGAGGCUGUAUAAAUUUGUGGUGGCACAGCUGGUUUGGAACAAUGAGCUCUUGGUGCAAACUUCGGAGCUUUUGCAAAAGAGUCAACAGAAAUUUAAAUUUUAGCAGCCAAUUUGGAAUUUGAUGGAGUGGACCUUGAUAAAGUACUCUAAAAAAAUUUACACGAGAGAUAGAAUAAGUAUGUAAGGUAAGUGCUUAAGGCUAAGUGUUUAAGGCUUUGUUUAAAUUAAAAAAAAAUCCCAAUCUCAAUCUGGGCUUAGUGGGUAUGACAUAUUCCUGGCGGCUCAUGUUCAACCUCCAGCCAGUAUGUUGUCUGCAAUUGUAGAAUCUACAGGAGGAAAUGUAGUAAUUGGGAGAGUGGAGAAGGUGAAAGACAAGGACAAGAGCAUAUUUGUGGCGUGUGAGGAGGACACCGACGAAGCACAGUUAGCAGCCCAGAAAGGGAUACGUUGUUUCAGCAGCGAGUGGUUCAUGAACUGCAUUAUGAAACAGCAGCUUGAUAUUGGAGCCUCUCAAUUUGCAGGAAUUGAUGUGACUCAAUUGCUAUGGUACUUGUGUGUUUGUUUCCAAGAUAUCCUUGACCUAGCCAAGUUAUGGCCGCUGCACUUACCAUCAUCAAACACGUUGGUCACUUGGAAGGAAUCAAGGCCAGGUGGUCUAUGUUGGAGAUGGAAACAACAUUGUGCAUUCUUGGUUGCUGUUGGCAACUAUCAUUGUUACUUGUUGGAAAAAUAUCAUAGAUUUUGAUGAUGAUGUAUUUAGAAUGUAAUAGGGACUUUAGGUCUCCCCCAAUAUUCAAUGUAAUCUUUCUUUUUAGAAAUAUUGUUAAAACCAAGUUCUUGAAAUUUCCAAUAAGGUUAUGAUAUCUCUUUAAGCGUUUUGAUGCCAGAAGACUUAAUCAAAUUCAGUGAUAUGG